AUGAUCUCCCCACUCACCCUACUUACCGUCCUCGUUGGACUGAUUCCUCUGCUGGCCAAUGCGGGGAAGACGGUCUCCAUCUGGAGCAGUGGCACCCGGCCCGAGGACUUGGUGAAGUUCACCGUCGAGAAUGCUCGCUGGGAGGGUUCCCUCGAGAUUGCUGAGGGUUAUGAGUCAACGGAUAAUGCGUCCAAUGGCCGGUGGUGGCUCAAGACUUGGAAGGACGGCCAGGCUUCCAGCGCCGCCAACCGGCAGCCGGUCGAAGUCAGGUUCACAGCGGAUCUAGGCAGCAAAUUGCAAUUGGGCAUUGUCAAUUCGUGCUACCUGGACGGGAAUUCGACAUAA